ACCUCCACUGUCCUUCUGAUGCUUAUUUUAUUUGUUCUUUUUGUGAAACUUACUGAUAUAUAUUCUAUGUUAUCCUAAAUGUUUUGUGGUGGUGGUGGUCUUGGCAUCUGAAUUUGAGCUAAAGUUGGGUCUUUUUGAGGUGGGGUUCUGUGUUGUCUUGUCAGCAGUUUGGUUUGUUAGAACUUUUGGGUACUUGAUUAUUAUAUUAAAGGUUUGAUUUUUACCAGGAGGAUUGCUUUUGGUGCUAGAGAGUUGGUCUGUUUCUGUAAUUUUUUAUUAGAUAUCGUCGUUUGUUUAUGAUUUUCAGUCAAAAGAUUUGUUUCUUUGAAGUGGUGUGAUAUUGGGUGUUGAUAGAAUUCUGGUUUUGUCAAGAUUCACUGAUUCUGAUACCUUAGAGGAUUUUGAUUGCUGAAUGAAUUCGGAGCACUUGUUUUGCAAGUGGGUUGAUUCUCGUUGCCCUUGUGAACUUUUGAAAUUGCCAUCUAGGGGAAGAGAAUUUGAUGUAAUGGUCAGUGGUGAAUUUGGCUUUUAAGGAUUGCAAAUGGGGAAGAACCAGUUAUUGUGAGUGGAAUUUGUGGUAAAGGGCUUGAAGAGAAUGAUGAAAGGGGGGAAAGAUGAGGAAAAGGUAAUGAGUCCUAUGUUUCCCAGGCUUCAUGUGAAUGAUACAGAGAAAGGAGGACCAAGGGCACCUCCAAGGAAUAAAAUGGCUCUUUAUGAACAGUUCAGUAUCCCUUCCCAAAGGUUUGGAUCUGGAUCAGUGUCCAUGUUGCCCCUUCCUCCAAAUAAGGGUAGCAGCUUGGUUCCAUCAAUAUCAUCAAGUAAUGGAGGCGGUCAUGAAAGGAAUGUGUUAACGCCAGUCUACAACUCCCCUGAACCUUCAAAUUUGGUUGAGAAGUUUCAUUCUUUUUCCUCUGCUGGGGUUAAAGUAAAUACCAUAAGAGGAAACAAUGAAUGCAAAGCUGUAAAAGAUAAAAAAUAUCAUCAGGGCUCAGAUGUGACAGGAGCAGUGCCAGCCAUUUGUAAAUACGGUCCACUGCAACCAUACAACUUCUCUAACUUUAAGAUCUUUUCCUCAAUGAAGAUAGGACUCAAGGCUGACAUUAGGGUUCCUAUCUCUGACCAGUCUGGAAUAGGUCCACAUUGCUGUAACAUACAACAGAGCAAAGACCAGGAAAAUAUUUCUAAAUCGAACUCCGCAUUGGAACUUCAAACUGUUAACAAAAAGCAGACAAAAGAAAUUGAUUCAAUUGAUUUGAAGUCAAGACGAGAUGGGAGGAAUCAAACUAAAGAGAAUGCAAGGUUUUCUCAAAAUAGUCAUGAUGUUGAUGAAAGCUCUGGUUCAAUCCAUUCAACUGGAGAUAAAAUUUUGGCAGCUGCAUCUUCAGAUCUGGCAACCAAAUUUAAGAAUUCUGAAUCACUGAAACGGCCUCGUUCCCAAGAAGCCAAAAGCAGUUCAGAGCAUAAUUUAAACAGCUUAAAUGGUACAAAUGUACAGUUGCAUAAUGAGGAUAUGGUUAUACAAGACAAAAUGGUCUUCAGGGAAGAUGCUUUCAAGGGGAGAAGUGAGUCAUGUUUUAGACCAUCACUUGGAGCUGAUAAUGGAAGUCGGAAUGGACUUAAAAACAAAAGUAAAGAUCAUGAAGAAAAGAAUGGAUCUGUGCGAGGGAGAUGUGUUGACAGAGAUGAUCUUUUCUCAGACGCCUCAGUGGAGCCUAUUUCUCCUGAUGCUGUCGUGGGAUUAAUCGGUGAAAAACAAUUCUGGAAAGUAAGAAGAGCUAUUGUCAGACAACAAAGGGUCUUUGCUGUACAAGUCUUUGAAUUGCAUAGACUACUAAAGGUAAGCUGCAUUCAUUCUGAAGUCCAGAAGUUGAUAGCUGGUUCACCAGAUGUUUUGCUAGAAGAUACCAUUUAUGUGGGCAAACCAUCACUUGAUGUGUCUCCCAUUAAGAAGUUGCGAUCCCCAGAACCAUUAUUGAUUGUUAAAGAUGAUGCUCAAAAACAAAAUCCUAUCAUUGAAUGUGCAGAUGAGAAUGCUGUUGCAAAGAUUCCUCUCCGUUCUGUAAAUACUGACACCAGCAGCAGGCUUGUUACCCCACAAGUUAAUUAUGGAGCUUGCUCUGGAAACGCCCCAUCAACACCUGUGGCUACCAACGGCAGACCAUCUCCAUGGUGUUUCUCACCACCUGGAAAUCAGUGGCUAGUUCCUGUAAUGUCUCCUUCUGAAGGACUUGUUUACAAACCUUACACGGGGCCUUGCCCACCAAGUACUGGUUUUAUGGCACCAGUUUAUGGCAGCUGUGGUCAGAUGGCUCCAGGGAGUGGGGACUUUUUGAGCACUGCUUAUGGUGUUCCGGUUUCUCACCAAGAAGGGAUUGGAAUUUUCCCAGGCAAUGCUCCUUUAGGUCAAACGUACUUUCCACAUUAUGGCAUGCCGGUUAUGAACCCAUCUAUUUCAGUCUCAGCAAUUGAGGAGGUUAGCCCAUUUACCAGAGCCCAAUCGAAGGACAAUCAGCUAUCAAUAGGAGACACAAAUUUCCCCAUACCUCAUCAGAUCUCAUGUAACAUGUCAAGCCAAAUGAGCCAAGCAAUACCACAUUGUGCCAGCAGAUUGCCAACAUCAAAAGAGAGUGAGAUGCAAGGAAGCACGGCCAGUACUCCCUCUGAGAGGGUUAAAGGGGAUGUGCUUCCUCUUUUCCCCAUGGAACCUGCAUCUCCAGAAUCUGAUCAACACACUCAAACUAGCGAGCAGAAAACACAGGUGAUUAAGGUUGUUCCCCACAAUCCCAGGUUAGCUACUGAAUUUGCAGCACGGAUUUUCCAAUCCAUACAAGAAGAAAGGAGGCAGUGUGAUUAAUUUUUGUAUCUACAAAAACCUAGCCAAAAUAUGACUGUAUUUUAGUACUUUUACAAAUAGAUGAUGUUGUCUCUGUAAUACCAAUGAUAUAUGUUGAUAACAUGUAAAUAUAUAUCUUUAAAUCAAAAACCAGAAAAACUUAUGCUUUGUUUUGUUUGUGUUGGCUCCUAUGUUCAACUUCUGCGUUAAUAAUGCAUUCAGCUUGGA